AAUGCAGGCGAACGUGUACCCUGUCAAGGGAUUCGUGGAACAGAAUUGCCACUGACUAUCGGACUAUUGUACAAUCCCACCUCCGAUGCUACAAAACGUCUAUCGAAUUUGAAUAGCGGCAUGGACAUUUCAAUGUUGGUCACCUCACGCGCCUAUAAUCGCUGCGUCAAAUUCAUACUCAAGGACAUCGGUGGCACAAUAAACCAGCGAGAAAAAAAAAAUUCCAACGUACAAACGUACUUCUUCCACGUUGAGCUUUUCUCGACUUUGAUAUUUCCUUUCAACUACACACAUCCUCCUCAAAGUGUGAAUGUUUUACAAGUACAUAUGCAGCGUGGACCAAUUAUUCAACCUCUUGAGUUCAAAGAAGUCAACCGUAAAGUUAGUCUCCGCAGCCAUAAUUCAUCAGCACUCCCGCUAAAUGACAGGAGUCUAUUCCGAUGUCACGGAAUUUCAAAUGCUACAUUGCCUACAUCAACAAAAUUUGAACGACUCCGACUAAUGACAAGAAACGCCCCGCGUUACAACCACCAAGUACCUCACCCUGUCAAUUACUAUGUUAAAGUCUCCACGGGUAACAAUUUCUGUUAUACGACAGCGGCAUGGAAUAUAUUUUCCUUUGCCGAAUCCGAACUGAGCCCGUCAGCGCAAAGACCCGAAAUCAUACAGCAUGAAAAAGGGAUGAACUACAUCAUACAAACAAACUCGUCCCUUGCAAAGGCACAACAUGAUUAUUGGCCAAGAGAGGAGGAAUCGAGAUUACGGAUUCGUGGCUCGAGUUCCCCCUCUUCAUACAUCUCAAUUAUCAAAGUUUCACAACUUUGA